GCCGCGAGGCUAAAUUUAUCUGGACUGAUAAUCGCGACCACUUUUUACGAGGACGGCGAGGUUCGGAGCUUUAAUGUUGGGAGUGUGUUACAAGUGCGCUAUAGGUCGAGCUCUACAAUCACUGCCAGUCAGCCAAAAAAUACCACACACGCCGAAAACCAUGCAAAUACUCGUCCAUCGGUCUCCCCUCAAACCGAAAUUCCUUUGCCCGAUAUAAAUAUAAAAAACGUGAAGAGGAGGAGGAGGAAUCGGCAAACCGCACCUCUGCGUACGGAGCGAGACAAAGGGGGACGCAGAGGCGUGUGUGUACAGACUGCAGCGAUGAGCGACACGCGUCGAUUGACGAAUCCGACCUUGCGGAUCAGCGGGCGCAUCGAGGGCAGCGACACUUUCGGCGAGGACGUGGCUGCCAGCUCGACUCAGACAGGACAAGCACCUUUCGGCUGGCUCAACGGUCUCUUCGGCUUCCUGCGAUGCAGCCGCAGACGCAAGGAGUGGCAUGCCAGCGAGAGGACCACUUCGUCGCAGCUCGCAGUUUCCAGCGCCUUCAUCCUCAGGAAAAAUCCUCAGGAAAUCAAUUUCAACUGGCUCGCUCCCAAUGCAGUAUCAGACGUCUUCAAGAUUCUGUUGGUGUUUCCACGGGCGGACCAGCAGUCCGAAAUACUCGCCGGCGUCGCUCAAAAAUUGGGCUGGACCGUCUCGGAGGCGAGGAAUGCGGAAGAGGCUGUCGUACUGUUUCGCACGUGCUGUCACGAUCUGGCGAUCGUCGACCGCAGGGGCGGCGCUGUACGAUGCCAAGAAGCUGACCAAGUUUGCAGGACGUUGAUCGAGAUGAAGAGUGCAAAGCGUUGCAGCAUCGUAGCUUUGGUUAAGAAGUCGUUCUUUACUGCUCCGCACAAAGAAGAACUGGUGAUCCUACACUUGCUGAACAUAGGCUACAAUAGGGCGCUAAUGGAAUGCUCGCACGAGGGGAUCUUGAUGAAUGAGCUCAUCGGUAUCUACGCGAGCGAGAGUCAGCCGAAAAGCCAGCUGGCCGGUGCUCAGCUGCUCUACCUCGCGGUCGAUAAGUGUCGAGAUAUCAUCCACGUGACUAACGAUCAGCACGUCAUCCAGUUCGCGAACAAGGCGAGCGAGAAGCUGCUGGGAUACAGACAGGACGAGUUGCUGGGAAAGAGUCUGGAGGAAUUCGUAACGAAUGGUCACUUUGCGCUAAUGGAUCAGCAGCUACAGAAGGGCCGGGAAUUCGAGGGGAAUUUUCACUGGAAGAGGAAACUCAAGGGAUUGAUAAACGUUAAUUGCAGGAUUGUGCCGAUGAACGUUCCCGGAAGCAAGACUGCGUUCUACUUGUACCUAUACGAUACCUCGACCAGUCUAGAAUCGUUUCCAUCGAGUGGGAGCUUUCAACACUUGCAACCGCGACCGAGCAUUCAAUCAACGUUUGAUCGACGCUCGUUCGAAUUGCACCACCCAGGCAAGCCGAGGCGAUCUAUUGUGGCGAAAUUGCACAACUUGCCAUUGGAAGCUCCGAUUACAAAGAUAAUCACGCUAUUGACUCAAGCUGCGGAAGACGCCAUGGACCCAGACGUGAAAUUUCAGAUUGUAUCGGCUAUUGAGAUACUGAAAGGCACGGAAUUGUACUCCCCGUACUUCAGGGACGACAUUCUAUCUGAAUCCGAUCCUAUCAAGUCAGAUUUCUUGGGAGCUUUGAUAUCGGUCUCUCCUGUCAACGAUACUCGCAAAUCUUCGAGCAUGUCUUUCGGAAGACAUUCUGCUAUUAUGAAGAUUCUCAACGCCAAUCAGCACCAGCAGAUGAAUGCAAAAUUACUGAAGAGUCCCCGAGGCCCACAAGAACUCGAAGACCUACUCGAAACUGGCUUUGAGUGGAAUUUCGACAUCUUCAAGCUGGAAACUUUGACGAACAGUAGGCCGCUCUACUAUCUCGGCAUGACUUUGAUGAACCACUACAAUGUAGCGGAGCGUCUCGAGUGCGACGAGCGCACGCUGCAGAAUUGGCUGACGAUAAUCGAGGCUAAUUACAACAGCCACGUGAGCUACCACAACUCGACGCACGCCACCGACGUGCUGCAGGCCUGCGCUCGGUUCAUGCGCUCCGACAGAAUACAACAGAUACUCGAUCCUCUGGAUGAGGUAGCGGCAUUACUCGCCGCCGCGGCUCACGACAUCGGCCAUCCAGGCAAAUCUAGUCAGUUCCUGUGCAACACAAGCAACAAACUGGCUAUUCUUUACAAUGAUUUAACGGUUCUCGAGUCCCACCACUCGGCUCUUACUUUCAAAGUUACGCUAUCCGAUGACAACGUCAAUAUUUUCAAGAAUCUGCACGCGGACGUGUACAAGUCCAUGAGGCAGAACAUAAUAGACAUGAUCCUAGCCACGGAGAUGACCAAGCACUUCGAGCACCUCGCCAGGUUCGUGAACCUCUGCAGCAACAGGAUCGGCGACUCUGAAAAUGGGGCUUUCGAAGAGGACAUAGUCGAUACGUCUGCGUUUCUGCUUCCGGAGAACGUGACUCUGACAAAGAGAAUGAUGAUCAAGUGCGCCGACGUCUCGAAUCCCACGCGACCAUUCAGACUCUACGUGGAAUGGACGAGGCGCAUCGCCGAGGAGUACUUCGACCAGACCGACGAGGAGAAAAAGAAAAAGCUGCCGGUCGUGAUGCCGAUGUUCGACCGGGCCUGCUGUUGCAUACCCAAAUCGCAAAUCGGAUUCGUCGAAUACAUCAUCAAUGAUAUGAUGGAAGCGUGGGAUGCGUUCAUAGAUAUGCCGGAAAUGGUCGGAUACAUGAGCGAAAACUACAUGAAGUGGAAGGAAUUAAAUGAACAAGGUAUAAAUACUCUCGAAGAUGUUAUAAAACUCCAAGAAACUCCGGAAUUGAAGCUUUAUCGAAAAGAAGUUUCAAGCUAGAAGUCAUGUUCUUAUAGAUAUAGAAACUAGUGUGUAAGUCUUGUAAAUAAUUUAUUAAAUACAAAUUGUUUUCAAUCCA